AUGACCGUUUCAACCAGAUCAAUUGGAGUUGGAAUGGGUGUGGCGAUAAUGAUACAACAAGCCGGCGCUUUAGUAGGAGCCCCUAGCCCGGUACCGGACCUUUCUUCCAUAAGCGCGCAGAUACGCAAGGCCAAGGCGGAAGGGCGGACAGUGACGAUGGUGAACGGCGCGCUAUACUUUGACUAUCAACUUGUGGCUAAGAUUCCUCCGCACAUCGAUAUCCAUGUUUAG